AUGCAGCAGGCGUGUCUUGCUCUGCUCCAGAAGAUUCACGAAGCAGUCGCCCCCUUACAGAAAGGAUCUAUCGAGUAUGAAAGGCUGGCGGCAACUUGGUAUGGGGAUCGAGAGCUCCGCUGGGAGAGAGCGGGACCUGCAACAUCGCGCAAGGCGCUGCUCCCGCUGGUUAUGGACUGUGUACUUUAUCCUCGCUCACCCAUUUCCCAAUGGCAACGGCCGCACCAGUCGCAUGGUGAAGCAGGAUCAGAGGGCUACGUUGCAGUCGUCAUCCAGGAUUUGAAGCAGCAAGACUAUCUGAGGAUGAUUGACGGCGCCAGCAAAGGCACACCGGAGGGGUUCGUCACGGCGGUGCUGCACCAGGCUAACACGCGCCUCAAGAUGUAA